AUGUCUUCAACAGAUUCCUUCAGACGCACCGAGGUGAUCGGUCAGGGUAAGUUUGGGGUUGUUUAUAAGGGCUACAAUAUCAAAACAAAACAAGUGGUGGCAAUUAAAGUCCUAGAGCUAGAUACUCAGUAUGACGAGGUUGUUGAUGUUCAGCAGGAGAUACAGUUUCUUGCCGAUCUUAAAAGCGCCCCAAAUGUGACGCACUACCAUGGCUCGUUUCUCAGUGGCACCAAGCUUUGGAUCAUUAUGGACUACUGUGCUGGUGGAUCUGUACGCACAUUGCUCAAAGCAGGUGUGUUUGAGGAAAAGUAUAUUUCUAUUAUCGUCAGAGAAACCCUUCUAGCCCUACUGGCGGUGCACAAGUUAGGAGUUAUUCAUCGAGACCUAAAGGCCGCAAAUAUCUUGAUCACAAACGAAGGCAAUGUAAGAGUGUGUGAUUUCGGCGUUGCUGCUCAGCUCACAAGUUACUCGCACAAGAGAACAACAAUGGCUGGUACCCCCUUCUGGAUGGCUCCUGAAGUAAUUCGUGAAGGGGACCAAUACAACGUCAAAGCAGAUAUUUGGUCGUUGGGUAUAACAGUCUACGAGAUCGCUACAGGUAAUCCACCGUACUCGGAUAAGUCUUCCAACUGGGCGAUGACCAUGAUAGCUAAGCUGACGCCACCACGGCUAGAAGGAAGAGAAUACCCACAAGCUUUGAAAGAGUGUAUUGCUCUCUGUCUUGACGAAAACCCUGACGAGAGACCGUCUGCUGACGAACUUAUGAAAUGUAAGUUAGUUAAGCAAUACAAAGGUAUACCAACAAGUAUUCUCAAAGAGCUUGUUUCGCGAUAUUUGCUUUGGCGUGACAAGAAUUCAAGGCGGGAUUCAGUCUUUUACAACGUUGGUGCUGAUCUGGAGAAUGGUGAAAAUAGUAAAGAUGAAAAUCAGCUUCAAGUGAAGUGGGAUUUCGACUCCUUAAGCAGCAGAGAGUACAUCAUGGAAAACGAUAUACAUAUCAACGAACUAGAAGGGCAUUUUCCAUACUUGCGGGACGAACAUGAGGAUGACCCCAACAACUAUACGAUCAUGUCGCAGCCACAUCAGGCAUCAACCAUACAACCCCACUCGAAAUACAGCUCUGGUAGUAACUCAAACACAAUCGCUCAAAGUUCAAAACAGGCCAGUGGAAAGCUCCAGUCCGCGUUUAAUGAACAAACUCUGAGCCGAAAGUCUCCAGGAUCUCCAUCAAAUGUGCCCAAGUCUUUAAGAGAGAUGUUUGAAGAAUAUGACGAGUCUACUCAAGAACUGGACAAUGUUUUUGAAGACCCCAGACUACCGGCGCUCUCAUCAGUGAAGGAGGGACACCGCACUGAAUCGCCCACUAUUGAAAUUCCUGACAUGGAGAGCUUGGCUCAAAUAUCCUCAACAAAUAAAGAGCUCUCUAGUGCAAGUCAAAGCAAUAAGAGCAACUCCUCAAAAAUUGGGCACAAACAAAUGUCGCAUGAUACCUUACCAGUAUUAAACAGACCACCAGCAUUGGUGCAUUCACAAUCAGCUUCUGCUGCUCUUGAACCUAGAAACGGCUCUCCAUCAUCGACGCGUCCUCGAAAGAAAACAAUCUCGAACACACACGGCUCCCAUAAUGUUUUCACUCAGUCUGCCCCUCGUCUGCCUCUUUCACAAGGACCAAACCAUGAAGCAUCGCUAAGACAUCAAACGCCUUCCCCUGUUGCACCGAAUCCUGGUGCCCAUGAUCAAAAUGUUGCGCUAAGCCCAUCAAAAUCGAUGAGAGCUUUACACUCUAGUGGCAACCCUAUGCUACAGCCAAUUAAUUUCAAAAUGAGUGCUGAUAACCUGACACAUUCGUCUACUAACAAGGAAGGAGCCACUAAUGGUCACGCAUCUCAGGUUGGAAAUUCCGUUCCGAACCCUAAGAUCGGUCCAGUUCCUAAUCCAGUUAAAUCGAAGCGAGAAAAGCCUUCUCUUAGAAUUCAAAUGCCAGUACCCAAUCCUUCGGUGAACUUGAUGUCAGCAUUGACCAGCGAAGACGCGGAGAAAAGAGGCAUUCUUACUAACCUCAAUACUGGACAUUCCAAUUCUGAAAAUAUAAAUCAGUUUGGUAUCAAUCCUGCUCUUGUCGGUAACGUCACAUCAAUGACGCCCGUCACUGAGAAAGACUCACAGUUGGGAGAACCACUUGAAAUCAGGGAUGCUCAAACUAGAAAUCAACCGUCAUCUGCGCAGAAAAAAAUGUCUGCAAUGCUGGGGCCAAAAACUGCUCCUAUUACCUCAAGUGCCGCCAAUAACUAUUUCGUUCCUCGAGUUAAUCCUACGCAGGCUGCACAUUCUGGAGCCAGUAUCUCUGCUAGUACUACUCCAGUGAGCGCGAAACAGCCACCGAAGUUCCCACCUAUUCCGCCGAUCAAGAGCGAGCUCUUCAGCGAUAGCACGCCUAAGGCAAACCUUACAGCUGAACUAGAACAAAUGCUCAAGCUUUUUAGCCAGGGUUUAGAUGCUUUGGAACACAGUUUGCAUUCAUAA